GUUGCACCGGACCGUGGAGCAUCCGACGACUAAUCUUGAUACCAUGAUCCAUCUGCUCAAGGGUAACAUCGGUACCGGAAUCCUGGCUAUGCCGGAUGCAUUCAAGAAUGCAGGGCUUUACGUUGGAUUGAUCGGAACGUUGAUUAUGGGAGCGAUUUGUACCCACUGCAUGCACAUGUUGGUUCGAUGUUCCCACGAGCUGUGCCGGAGGUUGCAGGUUCCUUCGCUCAGCUAUGCCGAAGUUUGCCACCGGUCGUUUGAAUCUGGACCGAUUGGAUUAAGGAGGUAUUCGACGCUGAUCCGGAAUCUGAUUGACAUGUUUCUGGUGAUAACGCAGCUCGGGUUCUGUUGCGUGUACUUUGUGUUUGUGGCUGCGAACUUGAAAGAGGUGCUGGGUCACUUUGGGUUCGAUUUGCCUACUAGAAUCUAUCUGCUGUUGCUGUUGAUCCCGAUGGUGCUGCUGAAUUUGGUGCGGAGUUUGAAGUAUUUGACGCCGGUUUCGCUGAUUGCAGCCUUCCUCACUGUAGCAGGUCUAUCCUGUACGUUUUACUACGUCCUGCAGGACCUGCCGAAUACAUCGACCGUUAAGCCGUGGGCUUCAUGGGCUACUCUUCCAUUAUACUUCGGAACGGCUGUCUAUGCUUUUGAAGGAAUCGGUAUUGUACUACCGCUGGAGAACAAUAUGAAAACGCCUGAAGAUUUUGGAGGUUGGACCGGGGUUCUGAACACUGGGAUGGUGAUCGUUGCUUCGCUCUAUACGGCCGUUGGAUUCUUCGGUUACUUGAAGUAUGGCGAUGAUGUUCAGGGUAGCAUCACUCUCAAUCUUCCAGGAGAUCAAUUCAUCGCUCAACUGGUCCGGCUAAUGAUGGCCCUGGCAAUUUUCUUCUCGUACGGGUUGCAGUUUUACGUACCGAUGACGAUUCUGGGACCAAUUGUUACCCGGAAGCUUCACUCGGAACAGGCCCAGCUGAUCGGUGAGUAUCUGCUUCGGGUGGGAAUGGUUGUGUUUACCUUUAUCUUGGCUGCGCUGAUCCCGAAUUUGGGAGCCGUCAUUUCGCUGGUCGGUGCCGUGAGCAGUUCGACUCUGGCGCUGAUUUUCCCACCGAUCAUCGAGAUCGUUACGUUUUGGCCUACGGGUAUGGGCAAGCGGUAUUGGGUGCUGUGGAAGGAUCUGGCCAUUAUGGCAUUCGGUAUUCUAGGGUUCGUGUUCGGGACAUAUACUAGCAUAGCUCAGAUAUUGCACCCGGAACCGCAGUAAGAUUUCUAGGUCGCAGUUCGGAUAUUUCUCAAAAGAAUAGACUAGGCGUGGGAAGUUGCACAAAUGUGUGUGUAUAUUACAAUAUUCUAUACAAUCUAGCACAGCUCUAUAUUUAUAUUUAUACAAAAGAGGUUACCCGGAACAGAAAGAUUGCUCAGGCGGCAGGUGAGAUUUGAACGAAUGUUGCAAGGUAAUCAGUACUUUGCUAUUUUAGUGGCAUGUCUAGCCUAAACCUCUUUGAAGAAGAAUAACCGUAGUAUAAGGUAUGAAGCUAGUACCACUGACUGGUGGUAAACCUAAUCAUGAUGAUACAUUCGUGAGCGAGCUUUAAAAAGCUUCCGUCUUGAUGGAAUUGUGUUGAAGUUGCGUGUUUGUGUAGCCAAUUUAUAUUGGAAUAGCCUAAGUAUUAAAAUUUUGUCAGUUCAGCCAAUAAACUUGGAAUUAACUAAACGUUUCCGCUAGCAGGAAAUGUCAGGUAGCCAUAAAGGAAAACAUUUGAAAUGAAAUAAUGUCACAUCGUAAAUAAAGUUUCUACUUCCUAAAUUGAAUACCUUACAUGUAACUGUAAAUCAAAAGUCUGGCAUAAUAUUAAUGAUUCUGGUUUCCAAGCUGUAUAGAAUUUAAAUCCAUUUUUGGUUAAAUGUAUGCAUAAGUGUAGAUUGGUCAAGCUUAGUAAUUUGAAAUUAAAUAUCAAUGUGGAACAAGUUUAGUUUUAUAGAAACAAAUGUUUCAAUACGUUGAAACUAUUUUAAAAACCGAUAAAAAAUAAACUGUUUUAAAUUCUAUCAGCUUUGCUGUCGCCAAAAUGAAUCAUUUAUCACCGUAACCAGAAACAUACUUACCAACAGCAUGACAAUAAUAUUUACACAUACACAUAAAUCUAGCAGUUUAUCAUAUAAGUGUGCUAAGGGUUAAGUCUACCUUCGUCGACUUGAUUUGACUAGAUAAAAAUAUUCUAAAACGUAAGACACUCUGUUAGGUGCAAAAUGUUAUCUAUUCUAUCAGUUACUUCUAUAUCUAUCCACUGUUUAUUUACCACCUGUUGACUUAAGUUUAUCUGAAUAUUCUAGAACUUUUAUCUACCCUAUAAGACUAAUUAUAAUUAGGUACGGAAAGUUGUUGUAAUCAAAAAUAGGAUCAACGAAAUGAGAGAGGCAGAGUUUCAGAAUGAAAAAUGAUAAUUGGUAAUUUUAUUCUAUCAAUUUUUGCUACUUUCUUGAACAUUUCCUUUCCCUUUUUACCAAAUCUGAACUAGCUGUUUCGUUACUAGAAUCUUUCGAUUUGCUCCUGCCCGAAAUCCCCCGGGACAUGUGAUAUAGUUUUGUACUCUAGAUAAGCCCCGAGAAACAAAAAAAAAACGAUUUUGCCGUUCUUUAAGUUUAUUAGCAAGUAGAUCAAUGUCAUUCCAAUAACCGAGAACAGAUUUUUUCACUCCGUGAGUAGGUGUUUAAAACCAAAAAUAAAACAUAAACCUUCAAGAAGGAAGAACCGGAGUCCUUCCGCCAAAGGUGGAUGGACUCUACCAGCAAACUUCCUUAUCCGAUACUAGCGCGUUCAAUGUUUUUUGUGUUACUAAUCUGUGAAUGAAACAAAAAAAAAAAACAAAAAAUGAAAUCAUUGGAUCCAAAAACAGACAUGGAAACAAACAUGUAUGUAGAUAAUUCGUAAACUCAACUAACUAUAAAUAUAACCAAUAAUGGCUAUACAUGGCAAUUCAAAGAUAAUAAUUAUACACUCGAACGAAAAGACACAACUAGAAACAGUAGCAGCAUAACCGAAACUUUUGGAAAGGGAUUUGAAUAAAGUAACAAGUGAAAGUAUUUUAUUUAAA